AUGGCCGCUGCUGUACGUGAAUCAAUAGCUGCUACUAACCGAGUAGCUGAACGUCUUGAUCGUCAGAAUGGAGUUGAAAAUAACCAUGAGUCUAGACAAGAAAAUGAAAAUGGCGAAGAAGGUGAAGGUGGACUACGUAACCGGCCCAUGACUCUAGCCACUUUCUUGAAGAUAAAUCCGCCUCAAUUCCAUGGGAACACUAGUGCUACACGAGCUGAUGACUGGUUUAAAGAAAUAGGACGAGCAAUGCGAGCCCAACAAGUCCCCGAAGGACAGCGAGUGGAAUUUGCUGCUUAUAUGUUGAGGAAUGACGCGCAACAUUGGUGGCAGGGAAUACUCCAACUACUAGGAAGAGAAGCUAUUGACAUCUCCUGGGAGGAAUUUUCAGUUGAAUUUUAUAAGAAGUAUUUUCCUGAGUGUUUUCGCACCGCUAAGGAAUUGGAGUUGCUUCAGUUGAAACAAGGAAACAUGACCGUCAGUGAAUACACUUGCAACUUUGAAGAGUUAUGCCGGUUCUCAAACGUUUGUCAAGGAGCACCAGCUGCAUAUGAGAAAUGGAAGUGCAUCAAGUUCGAGGGAGGACUUAGAGAAGAACUGUUAUCUCAUGUGGGUUGGUGGACGAAAUUGUGA